AAUUUGUGUUUGAUAUCAUCAAUUUCAGAUUUAUUGGGACUAGCAAGAAGCAUAUCAUCAAUAUAAAACACAAGAUACAAAAAAUCUUUAUCUUCAUUUCCUUUGCAAUAGAGACAUGUAUCAUAAUUGCUUCUAUUAAAACAAGCUCCAAGAUGAAAUUGUUGAGAAAGUGUUCCAAAUUUAGAAAAAGAAAUAAAUGUGUUUACGGAAUAACACCUUAUUAAUAGAUCUCUACUGCUGGAUUGUGACACGUGUUUAUUUCCUGACCAUUGGAUCUAAUUCUAGAUUCUUCUAUCUACCUAACCAUGAGAUCUUUAUGGAAAUAUAUACAUUUAAUAUGUGUGAGACUUUUCUUCCAGCAAAUAGUUUUCUCUCUCUCACGUCUCACUCUCCAAAAAGGAAGAAAAAUGGCAGUUUCUCUCUUCUCUUACAAGUUCUCAGAAUUUGGUUCCUUCAUCUCUCUCUUCUCUCUAUGCGUAGAAAAUCAUUUUCUUUUAGUGAGAUUAGGGCUUGAUUCUUGGUAUAUUUUAUAAAAUUAAAAUAUGUUAUCAUCAAGAAAUAUUCUAGAUCCAUAUGGGUGUUGUACUAUUUCAGCUUUGAUUAAGUCGAAUCUUUGGGAUUCGAGUUUUUACCAGUUUCUUGUGAGAUCUUAGUGAUUUCGGCCUCUUCCUAUGUGCGGUAGUGGCUGGUUUGUCUGUGUUACUUGUUGGGUAAUAUGUUCUUGAUGUUGAAUAACUAGAGAGAUGGCAGUUCAUGUUCUUGGUGAGAUCUUUGUGAUCUAGUGUGAUUCCUUGGUGGAAUAGAGGCUGAUUUUGUUGUUCUUUAUAAGAUAAGUCUACUUUGACUUUUUUUUUUUUUAAUAUUUUGGAAUAUUAUUGUAUAUUUGCUGUUUAUUUUUGGAGCUUUAUAGUACAAUCGAGCUUUAUCCAUUUUAAUGGAUGAUUAACAGGGGAUUAGUCGUUAGAAGUGGUUGUCGAACUUCUGGGGCUUUGGCCGAAAAAUUUUCCGUGUUCAUUUUACUUUCUGCACUUUAUUUUCAGUUUAGUUUUGGGAUCUCAGUUAAUAUUACUAUCUCUCGACUUUUCAAAUUCGAAUAUUUUACCCUUCUGAUUGUUAAUAUAUAAAGAGGAAAUCGAUUGUUUUUGUUAUGUGAAUUUUCUAAAUUUAUUUGUAAGGUGUUUCGCCCCGUCUUUUAGACAUGUUAAGUUGUAUGGUCAUCUCCGUGUUUUGUGAUAUAAAUUUUAUAGUUCCCCAAGUGGGGGUCUAAUUUUCAAAAUUCUAUUUUGGUUUCAGUUCACUUGUGUCUAUUGGGCAACUUAUUCUUAUUGCUUCUGUAUUUCAAAAUGAAUUUAUGCAAAUAGUUCUACACGUAAAUGGUUUGUUAACAUGAUAUUGGAAGAUCCAUAGCUUCUUAAGCAUCAUGAAUAGGGCAUGGUUUUCCUUUGGGCAUUGUUUUCUUUGGUUUUUAAGCCAAGAUCUUUCUAACGCUGUUCAGGUGUGAUGGUAUGCAUUUUUCUUGGUUUUUAGAUUUAAUUCUAUGCAUGUAUGAUCUAUUUUAUGAUAACGUCAUUCCGGUGUUCUUUGCAAUGAAUGAAAUGUGCUUGGAAGGGUAUGGAAGGUGGUGUCUAGGAGGUAAACCAAAUUAAUGAUAUUUGAUGUUUAAAAAAAAAACGUGAACGGAUGUCUGUGUGUAGGCUCAGCUAGGAUUCUUUUGUGGACAAGAGAUUGGGAAUGUGACAAGCUAUGCACCUUCAAGCACAGAGUACGCUAGUUCUCUGUUUGUUAAGGGCUUGGCUCAAAAUGGUUCUCCACCAAGGCGAGAAGAUGACAAAGAGGGCCACUAUGUAUUUGAGCUUGGAGAAAAUUUAACUUCUCGCUAUAAAAUACACAGCAAGAUGGGUGAAGGUACUUUUGGUCAGGUCCUGGAGUGCUGGGAUCGGGAAAAAGAAGAAAUGGUUGCCAUCAAAAUCGUUCGAGGUAUUAAGAAGUAUCGUGAUGCAGCUAUGAUUGAAGUGGAAGUGCUCCAACAACUUGGAAGACACGAUAAAAGUGGCAAUCGUUGUGUACAAAUACGGAACUGGUUUGACUAUCGUAACCAUAUCUGUAUUGUCUUUGAGAAGCUUGGACCAAGUUUAUAUGAUUUUUUACGGAAAAACAAUUAUCGCCCAUUUUCCAUUGACCUUGUCCGUGAGAUUGGCAGACAGCUGUUGGAAUGUAUAGCAUUCAUGCAUGAUUUGAGCCUAAUUCAUACUGAUUUGAAGCCUGAGAAUAUUCUUCUUGUCUCGCCAGAAUACAAGAGAGUUCCUAAUCAUAAGGUAAAUUUUUUUCUUUAUUAUUUUUGUCCUGAUCAACUUCAUGUUUGAAUACAUUUAUGCCUUGGAAGAUAGAGUUGUGCACUUUCUCAGCUUUACAGAGUUGAUGCUUUAUGCUUAUUUGGUGAUGGCUUGUU